GUUCGAGUGCGUUAUGGUUGGUUGAAUGACUUUCCUGGCAUUUAUGGCAAUUUCUUGGUGGAAAUUACAUGUGAAUUAUGUUCAGACUGUUUGACCACUGAAUGAUCACAAGAAAAAUGAGUUCCAAUUCCAAAGCAGCCGAGUUGAACCGACCACUCUCACUUCACCUUUUAUAUAAUCCUCUUCUUUUCUCCACAAACUAAACUCAACAACAACAAGAACAACCCUUUCUCAGUUGCAGCAGAAAGAUGGAGAAAGCUCUCAAUAGACAGAAAAUUCUGCUCCAUCAUUUGAAACCCACUUCUUCUUUCUCAUUUUCCUCUGGAACCCAUGAAUCUUCUGCUCUUUCUGCUUCGGUAUGUGCAGCUGGUGACAGUGCGGCUUACCAUCGGGCAUCUGCGUUUGGAGACGAUAUAGUGAUUGUGGCGGCUUACCGGACUCCAAUUUGCAAAGCUAAGCGAGGAGGGUUUAAGGAUACUCCAGCUGAUGAUUUACUUGCAGUUGUUUUAAAGGCCAUGAUAGAGAAAACAAAUCUGGACCCAAGUGAAGUUGGGGAUAUAGUUGUUGGUACUGUUUUGGCACCUGGUUCACAAAGAGCAACAGAGUGCAGAAUGGCAGCAAUCUAUGCUGGUUUUCCUGAUACGGUGCCAAUCAGAACUGUCAACAGGCAAUGUUCAUCUGGUCUCCAAGCAGUUGCUGAUGUUGCUGCUUCAAUAAAAGCAGGAUUUUAUGACAUUGGCAUUGGAGCUGGAGUGGAGUGUAUGACAGUAGACAAUAUUAGCAGAGUCAGGAACAUGAACCCAAAACAGGUAGACACCUUUGCACAAGCCCGAGAUUGUCUUCUUCCAAUGGGUAUUACUUCUGAAAAUGUUGCACAUCGCUAUGGCAUAACUAGGCAAGAGCAAGACCAGGCUGCUGUCAAUUCUCAUAGGCGUGCUGCUGCAGCAACCGCGUCUGGUAAAUUCAAAGAUGAAAUUAUCCCGGUUUCUACCAAGAUUGUGGACCCAAAAACUGGAGAGGAGAAGAGCAUAACAAUUUCUGUGGAUGAUGGAAUCCGGCCAAAUACAAACUUGAGUGCUUUGGCAAAGCUGAAGCCAGCCUUCAAGAGUGAUGGGUCUACAACUGCAGGGAAUUCAAGCCAGGUGAGUGAUGGGGCUGGAGCAGUUCUCCUGAUGAAGAGAAGCUUGGCUAUGCAGAAGGGAUUUCCUAUCCUUGGUGUCUUCAGGAGUUUUUCUGUUGUUGGUGUGGAUCCUGCUGUAAUGGGCAUAGGUCCAUCUGUUGCAAUCCCAGCUGCAGUGAAGUCUGCUGGUCUUGAACUUGAUAACAUCGACUUGUUCGAGAUUAAUGAGGCUUUUGCAUCUCAAUAUGUAUACUGCAUUAAGAAACUGGGGCUUGAUCCUGAGAAAGUCAAUGUCAAUGGAGGCGCCAUUGCCUUUGGCCAUCCUUUAGGCGCAACAGGUGCCCGCUGUGUUGCAACUUUGCUUAACGAGAUGAAGCGUCGUGGGAAAGACUCUCGUUUUGGUGUCGUUUCGAUGUGCAUAGGGACUGGCAUGGGAGCUGCAGCUGUGUUGGAAAGAGGGGACUCAGUUGAUGAGCUAUGCAACGCUAGAGCAGUUCAAGGUUAUCGAUCAUCUCUUGGUGGUUAGAUUCAUUUUGUUAUGGUACCCCUAAGAUUGUAAUUUUAGUAAGCAAUGGAUGGUUAUAAUCAUAUUAAAAAUUUCAAUAAAAAUAAUGAAGUUGGCAAACUAA